UGAUAUUUAUCAAUUCUAAUUUCUUGCCCUUUUUUCAAAUACAAAUUUCCGAACUUACAAACUGAAAGAAACAGCCUUUCUCAGUCUCGCUCUACCUCAAAGAUUUCCUGGCAGUCACUUCAACUGGGACCAAGAAGGGUGAGCUGUUUUUGGCCGAUAUAAGCAGUCAGUUCAAGAACAAGAAUAUCACUACCGAUCUUUAAUUUGAUACCAACUCUAAUGUAAAUAAAAAGAUGACGAUUUUGAAAAGGUACGUACUGAGAUUGUUUAUAUCGCUGAAGUACAUUACAGCAAAUGUGGUAGACAGAAACAAUGGAAGGAUCGUCGCAACAGCAUCAACAGUUGAACAUUCUAUCAAGAACUCCUUAGAGUGUGGUCGGUCAUGUAAUGCUAAAGCAGCAUCAAUCGUCGGAGAGGUGUUGGCUAUGCGACUAAAGGUGGAGGGUCUCGAACAAGGACAAGGAAGAGGAAUUCAUGUUGAUGCUAACAAAGAGAUUGAGAAAAAAGGUUUUACGAACCGCACCAAGGUAUGGGCUAUUGUGAAUGCUCUUAAAAACAAUGGAGUUAAAGUUAUUUUGGAUGAUAAUGAUGAUAAUAACACAUCUAGAAUAAAAUUCCCAUAAAUUUUUAUCUGUUUUUUUUUUUGUUUAUUAAAGAAGCUAUAUGUCUUGUGUUUUUGCAAGAACAAAUGUUUAAGAAAUAGUUAGGCAACUAGGCCCAGGGCCAAGCCAACUAAAUUUUGGGUUGCAGGCUUGAAUAUACUCUUGCCACGAUCCAGUUAGAUGCUCU